CUCCGACCACAACUCGAUCCCCGGCGACGAGAAUAUGGGUUUUCCGGUCGGUUACAACGAUCUUCUUCUUCCGAAGCUUCUUGUUCACGCGCUCACCAUUCUCGGCCUCUUCAGGAGAUUCAUCUCCGCCGUUUUCGGCUUUCUAGGUUUCUUAAAUUCAGAGAUGUCCUUCCCGACCCGGGAGGAAUCGGGUCCGAAGCCCCACUCCAUCUCCGCCGAGCUAAUCCGGGAACUGCUGCCGGUGGUGAAUUUCUCGGAGCUGGUGGACCCGCCGGAGAGCUGCGCCGUGUGCCUGUACGAAUUCGACGGCGGAGACGAAAUCCGGCGGCUGACGAAUUGCCGCCACGUGUUCCACCGGGGCUGCCUCGACCGCUGGAUGGACCACGAUCAGAAAACUUGCCCGCUCUGCCGGACGCCGUUCAUACCGGGAGAUAUGCAGGAGAGCUUCAACGAGCGGCUCUGGCUGGCGUCCGGGAUCUCCGAUUUCUACGGCGAUUAUCCGCCGGGGAACGCCGGUUUGUAGGGGCCCACGCGUCUUACUUUUUAUUUUCGUCCUUAUAUUUGACUUAAAAAUAAUGUACAGGGAAAACUAUAGUGAGGAAAGGAUAAAAGAUGUCAAUUUUGAGGAUAUGCUUUUGAAAAUUGUAAUACUCGCAUUUUUACCUAGACUAAUGCACUUGUACCCUUACAUUGUUUCAAAUAGAAAAAUGCAUCUCUAUGUAUUUUAAAUUAAGAAAAAUUACUCCCUCUA